GAGAGCGAGAGAGUGGAGCGUGUCUGAGGAGGAGAAAGACAGAAGGAACCGGACAGAACAAACUCACCUGGACCCAUCUGGACUCACCUGGACUCACCUGGACCCAUCUGGACUCACCUGGACUCACCUGGACUCACCUGGACUUAACGGUUCUACACUUCGACUGCCGGAGCGUCUUGAGUCAGACUUCACCUGAUUCACCCGGGGAACGAGAGACCGAUUCAUACUCAGGUCUCAUCAUCGCCCGGCGGUCGUCGCUGCGUUGCCGUGGCGAUGUUCCAUCGCAGGAAAAAGAAGCGCAGGCCGCAGAUCUCUGCGCCGCAGGACUUUCAGCACAGAGUCCACACGUCGUAUGACGCAGCGACCGGACGCUACGUGGGUUUGCCGCCACAGUGGCAGAGCGUCAUUGACACGCUGAGGAGGCCACGCCCCCUGGUGGACCCCUCGAGGGUCACCGAGGUCGAGCUAAGAAAGACGAUAGUUCGGGGUAGUUUCAUCGGUCAUGAGGACUACAUUUCCCACGUCAUCUCUGAGAUGAGCCGUCUCUCCGUCACAAGCUCCAACUCUCUUCGCCGGAGCAGCCCAUCGGCUCGGAAACGGGCGCGCUCUCUAGGGCGCCUGGGAGAACUGGUGGAGAACGAGACGUACCAGUACGAGGAGCUCGUUAAACAUGGUGCCAAGACGAGUGGGAGCUCCACCUACUGGCAGGACAGGAUACGACAGGUCCGCAGCGAGAGCGGCAGCCCCAAACUGAACGGGUACCUGCAGAGAGCCAAGUCCACCUGCGAGGUGGGGACUGAGGCCACGCCUCCCACACCUCAGACGACAGGUGCAACGGGUGGUCUGUGCGCGGGGGCGCCGCUUAUGCAGAGGCCGACUUCCUGUCAGGUCAACAUGCGGACUGCGGAGGCCGGCAGAGCUCACCUGAGACAGAAAGCAGCUGAACUGCCCGACCUGCUGUCCACCUCCAGAGAAACUCCCAGAAGGCCUCACUCCACCUACGACCUCAAGCUCCCCUCCUCCUCACCCCCCCUCCUGCUGCCCCCGCCAAACAGCACCAGCAGCCCGCUGGUCACCGGCCGGGGUUUACCUCGCCGCCUGCUCCGCCCCUCCUCCAGCUUCAACAUCGGCACUUCUCCAAGGACACAGACCCCCCUGACCCAGGAAGUCCCCUCUCUGUGCCGCCCCUCCCCCACGGGCUCACCAGGACUCCCUCCGUCCUCCUCCCGCCUCUGCCCCUCCUCCACCCCGCAGACGGCGCCUGACGCUGGAGGAAGGGUGACUCACGAGCAGUUUAAGGAGGCGCUGCAGAUGGUGGUGGACCCAGGAGACCCGAGGACCGCUCUGGAGAACUUUGUGAAGAUCGGGGAGGGGUCCACGGGGGUGGUGUGCAUCGCCCGGGAGAGACACAGCGGGCGGCAGGUGGCGGUGAAGAUGAUGGACCUGAGGAAGCAGCAGCGACGAGAGCUGCUCUUCAACGAGGUGGUGAUCAUGAGGGACUACAGGCAUCAGAACGUGGUGGAGAUGUUCCGCAGCGCUCUGGUGGAGGAGGAGCUCUGGGUAAUAAUGGAGUACCUGCAGGGCGGCGCUCUCACCCACAUCGUCAGUGAAACCAGGCUGAAUGAAGAGCAGACAGCGACGGUGUGUGAAGGCGUCCUGCAGGCGUUAUCUUACCUCCAUGCUCAAGGAGUCAUUCACCGAGACAUCAAGAGUGACUCCAUCCUGCUGACACUGGACGGGAGGAUCAAACUGUCAGACUUUGGGUUCUGUGCUCAGAUCAGUAAAGACGUCCCAAAGAGGAAGUCUCUGGUCGGGACUCCGUACUGGAUGGCUCCUGAGGUGAUCUCCAAGAAACCGUACGGGACCGAGGUGGACAUCUGGUCUCUGGGCAUCAUGGUGGUGGAGAUGGUGGACGGAGAGCCGCCGUAUUUCAGUGACACGCCCAUCAAUGCCAUGAAGAAGCUGAGAGACGAGGUAGCACCGAGUGUGAAGAACAUCCACCGGGUGUCUCCGGUGCUGAAGGACUUUAUGGACUGCAUGUUGACUCGUGACACGCAGCAGCGCUCCAGUGCCACCGACCUGCUGGAGCAUCUGUUCUUGCUGCAGGCGGGCACGCCACGCUGCCUGGUGCCGCUGGUGGAGCAGAACCGCAAACGCAUGUCCCUCUGCUGAACACCUGCUGAACACCUGGGAGAACACCUGAGGGAAGAGACUCAUCUGAUUUGAAUGUGAGGCUAACCUAACACACACCUAAGGACCUGAGACUCACCUGAUACUCACCUGAGACUCACCUGAGACACACCUGAGACUCACCUGAGACUCACCUGAGAUCAACCUGAGACAAACCUGAGACUAACCUGAGACACACCUGAGACUCACCUGAGAUCAACCUGAGACUCACCUGAGACUCACCUGAGAUCAACCUGAGACUCACCUGAGACUCACCUGAGACACACCCGAGACACACCUGAGACUCACCUGAGACUUACCUGAGAUCAACCUGAGACUCACCUGAGACUAACCUAAGACUCACCUGAGACACACCUGAGACUCACCUGAGACACACCUGAGACUUACCUGAGAUCAACCUGAGACUCACCUGAGACUUACCUGAGAUCAACCUGAGACUUACCUGAGAUCAACCUGAGACUAACCUGAGAUUCACCAGAGACUCACCUGAGACUUACCUGAGACUCACCUGAGAUCAACCUGAGACUCACCUGAGACUAACCUGAGACUCACCUGAGAUCAACCUCAGACACACCUGAGACUCACCUGAGACUUACCUGAGACUUACCUGAGAUCAACCUGAGACUCACCUGAGACUAACCUAAGACUCACCUGAGACUAACCUAAGACACACCUGAGACUUACCUGAGAUCAACCUGAGACUAACCUGAGACUCACCUGAGACACACCUGAGACUCACCUGAGACACACCUGAGACUUACCUGAGAUCAACCUGAGACUCACCUGAGACUCACUUGAGACACACCUGAGACUUACCUGAGAUCAACCUGAGACUCACCUGAGACUCACCUGAGACUUACUUGAGAUCAACCUGAGACUCACCUGAGACUUACCUGAGAUCAACCUGACACUAACCUGAGAUUCACCAGAGACUCACCUGAGACUUACCUGAGACUCACCUGAGAUCAACCUGAGACUCACCUGAGACUAACCUGAGACUCACCUGAGAUCAACCUGAGACACACCUGAGACUCACCUGAGACUUACCUGAGACUUACCUGAGAUCAACCUGAAACGUAGCUGAGACACACCUGAGACUCACCUGAGACACACCUGAGACUUACAUGAGAUCAACCUGAGACUCACCUGAGACUUACCUGAGAUCAACCUGAGACUUACCUGAGAUCAACCUGAGACUAACCUGAGAUUCACCAGAGACUCACCUGAGACUUACCUGAGACUCACCUGAGAUCAACCUGAGACUCACCUGAGACUAACCUGAGACUCACCUGAGAUCAACCUCAGACACACCUGAGACUCACCUGAGACUUACCUGAGACUUACCUGAGAUCAACCUGAGACUCACCUGAGACUAACCUAAGACUCACCUGAGACUAACGUAAGACACACCUGAGACUUACCUGAGAUCAACCUGAGACUAACCUGAGACUCACCUGAGACACACCUGAGACUCACCUGAGACACACCUGAGACUUACCUGAGAUCAACCUGAGACUCACCUGAGACUCACUUGAGACACACCUGAGACUUACCUGAGAUCAACCUGAGACUCACCUGAGACUCAUCUGAGACUUACUUGAGAUCAACCUGAGACUCACCUGAGACUUACCUGAGAUCAACCUGAGACUAACCUGAGAUUCACCAGAGACUCACCUGAGACUUACCUGAGACUCACCUGAGAUCAACCUGAGACUCACCUGAGACUAACCUGAGACUCACCUGAGAUCAACCUGAGACACACCUGAGACUCACCUGAGACUUACCUGAGACUUACCUGAGAUCAACCUGAAACAUAGCUGAGACUCACCUGAGACUCACCUGAGAUCAACCUGAAACGUAGCUGAGACUAACCUGAGACUCACCUGAGACUCACCUGAGACUAACCUGAGAUUCACCAGAGACUCACCUGAGACUUACCUGAGACUCACCUGAGAUCAACCUGAGACUCACCUGAGACUAACCUGAGACUCACCUGAGAUCAACCUGAGACACACCUGAGACUCACCUGAGACUUACCUGAGACUUACCUGAGAUCAACCUGAAACGUAGCUGAGACUCACCUGAGACUCACCUGAGACUUACCUGAGACUUACCUGAGACUCACCUGAGAUCAACCUGAGACACACCUGAGACUCACCUGAGACUCACCUGAGACUAACCUGAGACUCACCUGAGUCUCACCUGAGACUAACCUGAGACACACCUGAGACUAACCUGAGACUCACCUCAGACUUACCUGAGACUCACCUGAGACUUACCUGAGACUCACCUGAGACUCACUUGAGACUCACCUGAGACUUACCUGAGAUUCACCUGAGACUCACCUGAGACUCACCUGAGAGUUACCUGAGACUCACCUGAGACUUACCUGAGACUCACCUGAGACUCACCAGAGACUCACCUGAGACUCACCUGAGAUCAACCUGAGACUCACCUGGGAUCAACCUGAGACUCACCUGAGACUAACCUGAGACUCACCUGAGACUCACCUGAGACACACCUGAGACUCACCUGAGACUAACCUGAGACACACCUGAGAUCAACCUGAAACGUAGCUGAGACUCACCUGAGACUCACCUGAGAUCAACCUGAGACUUACCUGAGAUCAACCUGAAACAUAGCUGAGACUCACCUGAGAUCAACCUGAGACUAACCUGAGACUCACCUGAGACUUACCUGAGACUCACCUGAGAUCAACCUGAGACUCACCUGAGACUCACCUGAGAUCAACCUGAGACUAACCUGAGAUUCACCAGAGACUCACCUGAGACUCACGUGAGAUCAACCUGAGACUCACCUGGGAUCAACCUGAGACUCACCCGAGACUAACCUGAGACUCACCUGAGAUCAACCUGAGACACACCUGAGACUCACCUGAGACUUACCUGAGACUUACCUGAGAUCAACCUGAAACGUAGCUGAGACUCACCUGAGACUUACCUGAGACUUGCCUGAGACUCACCUGAGAUCAACCUGAGACACACCUGAAACUCACCUGAGACUAACCUGAGACACACCUGAGACUAACCUGAGACUCACCUCAGACUUACCUGAGACUCACCUGAGACUCACCUGAGACUCACCUGAGACUCACCUGAGACUCACCUGAGACUCACCUGAGACUCACCUGAGAGUUACCUGAGACUCACCUGAGACUUACCUGAGACUCACCUGAGACUCACCAGAGACUCACCUGAGACUCACCUGAGAUCAACCUGAGACUCACCUGGGAUCAACCUGAGACUCACCUGAAACUAACCUGAGACUCACCUGAGACUCACCUGAGACACACCUGAGACUCACCUGAGACUAACCUGAGACACACCUGAGAUCAACCUGAAACGUAGCUGAGACUCACCUGAGACUCACCUGAGAUCAACCUGAGACUUACCUGAGAUCAACCUGAAACAUAGCUGAGACUCACCUGAGAUCAACCUGAGACUAACCUGAGACUCACCUGAGACUUACCUGAGACUCACCUGAGAUCAACCUGAGACUCACCUGAGACUCACCUGAGAUCAACCUGAGACUAACCUGAGAUUCACCAGAGACUCACCUGAGACUCACGUGAGAUCAACCUGAGACUCACCUGGGAUCAACCUGAGACUCACCCAAGACUAACCUGAGACUCACUUGAGACUCACCUGAGAUCAACCUGAGACACACCUGAGACUUACCUGAGACUCACCUGAGAUCAACCUGAGACACACCUGAGACUCACCUGAGACUCACCUGAGACUAACCUGAGACUCACCUGAGUCUCACCUGAGACUAACCUGAGACACACCUGAGACUCACCUGAGUCUCACCUGAGACUAACCUGAGACACACCUGAGACUAACCUGAGACUCACCUCAGACUUACCUGAGACUAACCUGAGACUCACCUGAGUCUCACCUGAGACUAACCUGAGACACACCUGAGACUAACCUGAGACUCACCUCAGACUUACCUGAGACUCACCUGAGACUUACCUGAGACUCACCUGAGACUUACCUGAGACUCACCUGAGACUCACCUGAGAGUUACCUGAGACUCACCUGAGACUUACCUGAGACUCACCUGAGACUCACCAGAGACUCACCUGAGACUCACCUGAGAUCAACCUGAGACUCACCUGGGAUCAACCUGAGACUCACCUGAGACUAACCUGAGACUCACCUGAGACACACCUGAGACUCACCUGAGACUAACCUGAGACACACCUGAGAUCAACCUGAAACGUAGCUGAGACUCACCUGAGACUCACCUGAGAUCAACCUGAGACUUACCUGAGAUCAACCUGAAACAUAGCUGAGACUCACCUGAGAUCAACCUGAGACUAACCUGAGAUUCACCAGAGACUCACCUGAGACUCACGUGAGAUCAACCUGAGACUCACCUGGGAUCAACCUGAGACUCACCCGAGACUAACCUGAGACUCACUUGAGACUCACCUGAGAUCAACCUGAGACACACCUGAGACUUACCUGAGACUCACCUGAGAUCAACCUGAGACACACCUGAGACUCACCUGAGACUCACCUGAGACUAACCUGAGACUCACCUGAGUCUCACCUGAGACUAACCUGAGACACACCUGAGACUAACCUGAGACUCACCUCAGACUUACCUGAGACUCACCUGAGACUUACCUGAGACUCACCUGAGACUCACUUGAGACUCACCUGAGACUUACCUGAGACUCACCUGAGACUCACCUGAGACUCACCUGAGAGUUACCUGAGACUCACCUGAGACUUACCUGAGACUCACCUGAGACUCACCUGAGACUCACCUGAGACUUACCUGAGACUCACCUGAGAUCAACCUGAGAUCAACCUGAGACUCACCUGAGAUCAACCUGAGACUCACCUGAGACACACCUGAGACUUACCUGAGACUCACCUGAGACUCACUUGAGAUCAACCAGAGAUCAACCUGAGACUAACCUGACACUCACCUGAAAUCAACCUGAGACUAACCUGAGACUCACCUGAGACUAACCUGAGACUCACCUGAGACUCACCUGAGACUAACCGGAGACUCACCUGAGACUAACCUGAGACUCACCUGAGACUCACCUGAGACUCACCUGAGACUAACUAAAUACAUGUGUGAGACUUCCCUGAGAACUCUCAGGUAAGCUGGAUUCUGACAGAGCUCAUGGAGUCACAUCAGGUUGUAGACUUGUCACCUGUAGACACACCUGAGAGGAAGUGACCUCACACAUCCUGAGUCUUGUUUUGAAAGACUGUUUGAUUAUUUCCUGUCAGAUCACUUUAAUGCUGCUUCCUCCUGAACUUUAAGUAUUUUAAACAUUUCAGGUUUUUCUGUUCAGAGAUCGUCUUUGUGACGGUUGAAUCACUGAUAACAGUCUUCAGAACUGUGUUGUGAUAACUCCAGAACACACCAAAGAUCUACUCUGAUGAUGCAGGGGCCUGAUUCGUCUACACAGCUGUCAAUCAUGACAUCACACCCUUUUUCAUAAUUUAAUAAUCAAAACUCAAGUUCUCAGAAAAGAGACAUGGAUCAGCAUGAUAAGAAGUAACCAUAAUGACAGAAAACAUUUCUUUGUUAUUGUUUAAAAGUUUGACCCAUCUGUUAGCAUGGAGGGGGCGGAGCUUAUGACCUAUACUACAACCAGUCAGCAGAGGGCUUGACUUAUAGGUAACUGUCAUAUCGUCAAUACAGUCCAUAGUUUUCACACACACACCUGUACCACACACACACACACACACACACACCUGUACAUAACUCCUCCAGAAUGUGGAUUCAGAUGGCAGCUUUAAAACUGAAUAAUUAUAAACCAUCCUCAGAUCACUGCAGUUUGAGAAAUAUUUAAGAGUCUGAAAUAAGAGGCACUAUUGUAGCAUUUUAGCUAGCAGUAGUAACACGUUGAACACACAGUUAGACUGAUAAUAAACACUUAUUGCUCUUAUCUUAUUAACUCUUUAUUUAAUGACGUCAGGAAUGAUUCAGAGAGCAAAGUGAGAGCAGGACAUUUAGAAGAAGCUCUGAGAUGUUGUGACUGAGUAGCAUGUUGUGCUUUUAACUCAACAAUGUUUUUUUAAACCGUCAAUUUCCACCUAGUCUACGUUCUGUCAGCGCCAAUGUUUUUUAGGACUGUGUGCGCCCUGCCACAUCAGAACCACAAGAUCACGCCGGAAUAAAGAGAAAAACGUGUAAACAA